AUGGCGAAUGGAGGUUUCCCUUUCCAAAUGUCGAUGCUCAUAAAGAACAACUAUGAAAAUUGGAGUAUCAAGAUGGAGACGCUACUAGGAGCUCAAGAUGUGUGGGAUAUCAUUGAGAAAGGCUUCAAGGAGCAAGAUGAAACCUCUCUAAGUCAAGGUGUAAAGGAGACAUUUAAGGAGUCAAGAAAGAGAGACAAGAAAUCUAUCUUCCUUAUUUAUCAAUCGGUGGAUGAAAAUACAUUUGAGAAGAUCUCCAACGCAACGACGACCAAAGAAGCAUGGGACAAACUUCAAACUUGCAACAAAGGAGUGGAACAAGUGAAAAAGAUUCGUCUUCAAACUCUUAGAGGUGAUUUUGAAUGUUUAUUUAUGGAAGAGUUUGAGCCAAUUUCUGAUUAUUUUUCUCGAGUAUUAGCCGUAGUCAAGCAACUUAAAAGAAAUGGCAAAGAUGUUGAUGAGGUGAAAGUCAUGGAGAAAAUACUUCGUACUUUAAAUCCAAGUUUUGACUUCAUUGUUAUCAACAUUGAAGAAAACAGAGAUUUAAAGACCACGACUAUUGAGCAACUCAUGGGUUCCUUACAAGCAUACGAAGAAAAACAAAAGAGAAAAAUUAAACAAAAGGAGGCUAUGGAGCAACUACUACAACUCAACGUAAAGGAAACAAAUAAUGUGAAUUACAAGAGCCAAAGAGGACGAGGUCAUGGCCAAGAUCGUGGGCCUGUACGAGGACAUGGAAGAGAAGGAAGAGGCGGUUACAACAACUACUCUAACAAUGGAGAAAGAAGUUGGAAUCCACAAGCAACAAGAGAUCGUGGAAGAGGAAAUUCAUGGUCGAGGUGUGACAAAUCACAAAUCAAGUGCUUAAAUUUCAACAAGAUCGGUCAUUAUGCAUCUGAGUAUGAACGGAGAACAAAGCUCGAUGAUAAAAGUGAGAAAUAUGUAUUUGUGGGUUACGACUCAAGCUCCAAAGGGUACAAGCUCUAUAAUCCAAAUAGUGGAAAGAUCGUCAUAAGUCGUGAUAUGGAGUUCGCAGAAGAAGAUUGUUGGGAUUUGAGUGUUCAAGAAGACAGGUACGAUUUUCUUCCUUACUUUAAGAAGAAUACGAAAUGGAACAACCAGUGA